AUGACUAGUGUCACAGCCUCGAUAACAGAGAGAGGUGGGUUUGAUAAUGAUAUCGAUACUGAAUUUUCAUCUUUGAUACGAUUACUAUCAUCAAACGGUAAGCUCGAAUCGGCGGAAGAGCGACCAGCUGUGGAGAGCACUGUAGGACAGGGUAAUAAUCAAGGUCUAAAUAACAUUCUUCUUGGAUCUCGUGUAUCUCGAGCUGGUAGUGCCCACGAUGACCUAAUAAUAUUAUAUUGCGAUGACGAGUCGGAAGAGAAUAACAAUCUCGGUCCCGGACAUGCUCGUUACAUAAGGGAAGGUGGGCAACCAGGCUGUGAUACCUUUAAUAUAGAGCACCUACCUAUACUUUCCACUUGUACGAUCUAUAAGCAUGGUGAUAGUGGUAAUGGUAUCAAUAAAGCCAUGCCUCAUCAGACUAUCAAACGACAGAGGUCUAACUCUCCUCUCUCUACCUCUACCUCACUUGAUUCUAUUACGUCGCUGCUUCCUCAUAAUAAAGAUAAGGAAGGCAGCAGGGAACUUGUUAGCAAUUCCGGCAAGUCAAGAGCCGACGAUAUCUGCUCUAAACGGCGGAAGGUUUCCACUCCACAAGGCCGUUGGAAAGUCUCCCGUAACAACCUAUCGCAGUUAUCUCUACUGGUAUCAGACGAUGACGAGGAUAGUAAAGGGGAUAAUGGGACGUUUAGCAUUUCUCUCGACGCCAGACUUACCAGCUCUUACUCUUCUAGGAGUAACACCGCUUCUGGCGUCACUUCUCCAGCAGAACUUCAAGUCUGCCCAGUGGUUACUAAUGUCGACCCGGACUGGGACGUCCGUGAGAUUAUUGGUAAAGAGGACCUUGAUGGCGUUUCGUAUUACUUAGUGGAUUGGCACCCCACACUACUACCUGCGCACACACUGGGACAUGCAAAGGAGUUGGUAGAUAAAUUCGAGGCCCGUAUUCGAGCAUAA